UUACCUGCUGUGCCCGGCGGGCGCCUGUCGGGUGGGGGUUGGGGGCAGGAAUGCUUUGCCCUCGCUGGGGGAGAUGGAAGCCAAGAGCCCUGGCAAAGCCCAGGGGGUGGCGGGCAAGAGACAAGCCGGGAUUGGGGCUCGGGGAGUCGGCUUGGCUUCGGGGAGCAGUUGGGAGGUCGGCCUGAGCGCGCCGGGGUGUCCUGAAGGAAGACAGACCCCCACCCACCCCAGACAGCCCCCCAGGGACACCGAGGAGCAGAUCCGCAAAGCGGUGGGGUUUCAGGCUGAGGGGAAUCGGUGCUACAAGACCAAGCGCUUCCGUGAGGCCAUCGGCCGGUACCACCAAGCUGUCCUCCAGCUCAAAGCCAUCGGGGGAGGCUCUCAACUCAACAGGACCCAAUCCAGACUGACAGAGGAGCAGAGGGGCCUCAUAGAGACCACCGAGAUAGACUGCUAUGAUAGUUUAGCGGCCUGUUUGCUGCAGUCGGAGCUGGUGAACUAUGAGCGUGUGCGGGAAUACUGCCUGAAGGUGCUGGGAAAGCAAAAGGACAAUUUCAAAGCCAUGUACAGAGCAGGCAUCGCUUUCUACCACCUCGGUGACUACCCCAGCGCCCUGCGUUACCUGAUGGAGGCCAAGGGACGAGACCCAGCAGAUAUGAAUGUGUCCAGAUAUAUCCAUCUGACAGAGAUUAAGAUGCGUCGUAGAGGUCAGGAGAGAGAUGGAAGAAAACAUAUGAUUCACUAACCAUACUGUUUCCUGGGGUAAUGGUGGGGAAGAGAGAGGGAGGGGGAGAGG